AUGAGCGACGAAUACGGUGCCAGCUCCGGGUACGGAGGCUCGCUGGUGAAUAAAUCGGCGGGCGAUAGUCUCACGACGGAAGGGGAGCAUAGGGCGGUGGGGGAGGACUACGGCGGAGACUACGCUAUGGGGAACUACCCGCCCGCAGGAGACUCGACGGCGUCGGGGGGCUACGGGUCGCGGCAGAGCCCGUGGGAUGCCUCGCGGCACUCUGGCGCGCACACGCCCGCGCGCACGGGGUCGGGGGCCGGGACGCCUGGUGCAGGCGAGCGGGGGCUGAUUGACCAGUCGACGAGCGGAGGGUCAUUGGGGGACACCUUGGGGGACGCGCGGCAGGGGAGGGACGAGGGUGCGCAGGAGGCCGCGGGGAGGGAGCGGGCGUACGGGGAGAGCUGGGAGGGGAGGGAGGAGGCGCGGGAGGCGCUGGCGGCGCGGUACCGCGGCGGGACAGAGGGCGCGCGAUGA